AUGCUGUCUCCAUCGACUCUGAAGCCGUCAGCGCCGUCAGCGUCUCUCCUCCGCUAUUUACGCUCUCAGUCCGACUCGCUCUUCUUCACCCCCAACCCGACUUCCGGCGGCGGAUGUUAUCCCACUGACCCCCAACAACUGCAUUACCACCAUCACCACCACCACCACCAAGAGUCCACAGCAUUCUCGCUGAGAAGGACCUCGAAAUGGACACAUCUUGACGCAACACCGUGUCAGGCAACGCUCGAGGCGAGCAUGUUCCCUCUACCGGGCUUCUCGGCCAAGAGUCGCAGCGCCGCCGCCCGAUGUCGCGCUCCGCUGGCCCAGCGCUCGUCCACAAGCCCGUUCUUCCUCCCGUAUGCGCAGUCAUCGCGAGCUUCGUCCACAAAGAGCCGGUCAUUCCUCCGCAGACUCUUCGACUUCAACCGAAACAAGACCGUCGAAGCCAAGCAGUUUCUCCGCACUCCGCCGGCCCUGAUCAGCGAAGGUACGGAUGGCGGAAUCACCCUCGGCCGUGGACUGGCGGCCAAGGCUUCAAACGAGCCGCGUCUGCGAUGCACCGAGUUCGACAGCAACGGGGACGUGACGCUCGUGAAUGGGGAGUUCAAGAAGAGCGAGCUGAUUGCCAAGUACGGCCUUCUACCUCGAGACCUGCGCAAAAUCGACUCCUCGACUCUGCCCCAUAUCCUCGUGCGACCCAGCGCGAUCCUCAUCAACCUCCUACACCUCCGAGUCUUAAUCAAGGCCGAUCGGGUCCUUGUCUUCGACGCGUACGGGUCGACGGACUCCUACAUGCAAUCACUGUUCGUGUAUGAUCUGGAGGGAAAGCUACGACAGAAGCAGUCGCUGGUGUCGGGUACCGCUGCGCUGCCGUACGAGUUCCGUGCAUUGGAAGCGGUCCUGAUCAGCGUCACAACCGGCCUGGAAGAGGAGUUCAACGGGGUCAGAGACCCGGUGGUGCGCGUCCUGAGGGCGCUGGAGGAGGAUAUCGACCGGGACAAGCUCAGACACCUGCUGAUUUAUUCGAAGAAGCUGGGUACGUUCGAACAGAAGGCUCGACUUGUGCGCGAUGCCAUCGACGAUCUCCUGGAGGCAGACGACGACCUCGCCGCGAUGUAUCUCACGGAAAGGUCGAAGGGCAUUGAGCGCGAAGAAGACGACCAUCAGGAAGUCGAGAUGCUCCUGGAGUCGUAUCAUAAGGUAUGCGACGAAAUUGUCCAGGCGAGCGGCACCUUGGUCACCGGUAUUCGCAACACGGAGGAAGUUGUGAAAGCCAUCCUGGACGCCAACCGCAACUCCCUCAUGCUUCUAGACCUCAAGUUCAGCAUCGGAACCCUCGGACUCGCAACAGGCACCCUAUUUUCCGCCCUCUACGGCAUGAACCUGAAGAACUUCAUCGAAGAAUCCGACCUCGGCUUCGGCGCCGUCUCCGUCACCUGCUUCGCCAUCACGGUCAUUGUCUGCGCCUAUGGCCUGGCCAAGCUGCGCAAGCUCCAGCGUGUUCGCAUGUGGGGCGAAUCUGGCUCCGGCACCGGUCCCAUGCUGCCACGGGGCGGGUCACUGGUCGGUCAGCGAUCGAACUGGCGCGCGGAUGCUAUCGAGCCCGUGUGGACUGGUCUCCCCGAGGGACGGUUGGAACGGAUGAAGCGCAUCAAGGACCAUGCCGCUGCUGCGGCUGCCAGAAGUGCCGCUAUGAAGUCUCACGAUCUGUCCUCGAAGGACGGGUCCAAGGGAUCAGAGUAA